AUCAGCGACCGUUCUGGAGAAGGCGCUCGGGAGGCGGCGGGCAGUGGACUCCGCGAUGGCGCGUCUGCUGCGCGGGGUGUGUGCGGUGGGCUUCCGAGGAAGGCUGCUGGGGCCCGAGCUCCCCUGCUGCAGGGCUUUCUCCUCUGGCGGAUGGGACCCCGGGCGCGCAGAGUCGCGGCGGCCGUCCGCGCUGGCCUGGGCUGCAGGCGCGGCGGCGGUGUUGACCGGGCUGGGGUUGGCGCGGAGGGCGGAGAUGGCCCGCCAGCAGAGUCAGCCCCGGGAAGAGGCCGACGGAGGCGGAAAGGACGAGCUGGCGCGGCGUUUCGAGUGCUUCAUGGCGCCGCCGGUGAGCGGGAUGCGCGAGCUGCGGAGCCGCCGCGGGGAGAUGCGGAGCCGCAUGGAGAUGCUCAUCAUGGAGACGCAGGGCCAGGUGUGCCGCGCCUUGGCCCAGCUCGACCGCGGUGCCGCCUUCACAGUCGACCGCUGGGAGAGGAAGGAAGGUGGUGGAGGUAUCAGCUGUGUUCUUCAGAAUGGUGAAAUCUUUGAGAAAGCAGGAGUCAACGUGUCUGUAGUGUUUGGCCACCUUUCUGAAGAAGCUGUGCAGCAGAUGAGAAGCAGGGGGAAAACUCUGAAGACCAAGGAUGGAAAACUGCCUUUUUGUGCCAUGGGGGUAAGCUCUGUUAUUCAUCCAAAGAAUCCUUAUGUUCCCACUAUACACUUCAACUACAGAUACUUUGAAAUUGAGGAGGCAGAUGGAACAAAACUGUGGUGGUUUGGUGGUGGAACAGACCUUACUCCGACUUACUUGAAUGAAGAAGAUGCUGUUCAUUUUCAUAAAACACUGAAGGAAGCCUGUGAUCAACACAAUCCAGAACUGUACCCUAAAUUUAAGAAAUGGUGUGAUGACUACUUCUACAUCAAGCACCGUGGAGAACGAAGAGGGAUUGGAGGCAUAUUUUUUGAUGAUCUGGACUGGCCCUCAAAAGAGGAAGCCUUUCAGUUUGUUCAGAGCUGUGCCAAAGCCAUUGUGCCUUGCUAUGUUCCCAUUGUAAAGAAGCACUGUCAUGACCCAUUCACACCAGAGGAAAAACUGUGGCAACAGAUUCGUAGAGGGAGGUAUGUUGAAUUCAAUCUGGUGUAUGACAGAGGUACAAAGUUUGGUCUGGCAACACCUGGAUCUAGGAUUGAAAGUAUACUUAUGUCACUGCCACUUACUGCCAGGUGGGAAUAUAUGCACUCACCUCCAGAAAAUUCCAGGGAGGCAAAAAUUCUAGAAGUUUUGCGCCAGCCCAAAGACUGGGUGCACUGACCAGUGGCCUGGGCUGUGUGUGGUCAACUGUGAAAAUGAGACAAAUUUCUUGCUGGUUUACUCUUCAGACUGUCAUCGUGCAGCAGUUAAUCUUUGUCAACUUGUUCUUUUAUCAUGUGCCUUAGAAAUAGUAAAUGAUUGUACAUCAGUGUUCUCUUGAAAAGCUACAGGCUGCUCCAAUCACAGUGUCUGGAGAUUCACUGACAUUGGUAUAGGUAUGAAUGCAGGGAACAAAAGGGAUCACCGAGGUGCACUCAAAAUGUGAUCAUUGUGGAGUUCUAUCCGAAGCUCUGAGCUGUUGCAUGUUUUCAGACCUUACAGGCAAUCUGUAAUUUAUACUUCUAAUUGAUGCUAUUUACAACAUGUGUCUAGCUCACUUCAGUAGUUACAUGUAUGUCCUGACAGUGCCUGACUGAUAAAUCCUGUUUGUUAAAGAGA